GAGCUGGCCGCUUCGGAACCCACCCGAGCCUCCGAGCCUCCGCCGCGUGUACCGCCGCGGUCCCGGCCGCUGCGGCACCCGCGACCGAAGAGGUCUGCCCGGGAAGGAGCCCAUGCAAGGAUCGAUCGGAAGUUGGAUGAGAGCGACAAGAGAGCUUUGAGGAAGAUCUUCUCGCACAAGCCGGUGCAUGAGGCGCGCUACUUCGAAGAGGUGGCUCAAUACACCCGCGAGUGUGAAGAGCAUGUGAACUUCACGGUGGAUGAGCCGUCGAGCUUUCCCUCGCCCUAUGCCAUCGCCGAUCCAUCGAAGCCCUUGACCUCCGGAGAAGGAGCUGGAGGAGGCGACACCCACGUCAUCGACGAUUUCCUGUGCCACUUGGAGAAGGUGGACAUGGCCGAACGUGGAGUCCCACCAAGGCCCUCCACGGCGCCAUCGACGCCCGCCGUCCAAGCGCCGGCGCCGCGGCCCUACGGCGCUCGGAGUGCCGAUCGCCUGGCCGAGCAAGUGGAAGACUUGAAAUCCAAGUUGGCGGUCAUGUACCGUGAGAACCGGAAGAUGAAGGACAUGUUGGAGGCCAAGGAUGAGAAGAUCAAAAGGUUGCUGGAUGAUUUCGACCGCAUCCGGAAGGACCCCAAUGUGAUGCAUCCAACCAUUUCGCGUUUGCGGAAGCUGGGGCUCAACACUCCGGCGCUCUCCGAGCUCAAUGACCGAUGGGCUGGGUACGUCUUUGGCCGGGCCUCCAUGGCCAUGGAGG